AUGACUCCUCCCCAAACACCUUUGCCUACUGAAUCCACCACUUCCCACCUCUCAUUACACAACACAUUCUACAAGCAAAAUAUUAUCAAUGUCGAAGAUGAUGUCAUUAUAGAAACCACCCUACUCUCCCUUGCUCAUGCUGAAGAGCUAGAAAAACAAUUAGCAAAAGAACCCACUCAUUUAGCUGCUCCAAUCCUGUCCCAGAUCCAUAUCAUACACACUACCAGUUCACUCAAGCUUAAGCUCAAUAACAUCAACGAUGAUGCCCUCAGGCUCUCAUGCCAACACCUCCAGAGACACAGUUGCUCUCUUACUAUUCAGCUUCUUCUUGGUUCUUUUAUUGGUCACCCACCAAGUGCUACUAUUAGCACUGCCUCUGCUAGCAUAUCUGCUACAUAUCAGGCUAGAGAAGAUCAUCAGCCACUACCCAUUCCUCCACCUAACAAAGUCUACCAGAGAAAGACCUGUGGAGGAGCAGUUGUCUGUGAAGUGACUAAGACAAAGUCCUCCAAGGGAAAGAGGCACAAGACAAUUGACCUCACCACCGACCCCACUACUUCCACUAUCACAGUAAAACAACCCAACCUAUCCGCUGAUAACUUUAUAUGUCAUCUCUGUAAGAACCUUGGCCACCGUCACAAGAACUGCCCCAAGUACCACUGCCAGGUAUGCCAAGCUCACACACCAGGGCACUUUUCCAUUUACUGUCCCUAUGCUCCAAAGAAGGACCAAUUUCCAUUGGUCUACACCGACGAAGGAUUUUAUGAUGCCUUGGCUGAAUAG